AUGGGAAACAAGUCAAGCAAAGCCGUCGUAGACCGCACCAAUGAAAUCCUUGCCGAAUUCACCGUCGACGAGCGCGCGUUGUCGGGUCAAUGGCUGUCGGAGGAAACGAAGAAUCAAAGCAAGGCGCAAGCAGAAAGAUACCGUAGCGGGUGGGAGUGUCAAGAUAUUGCCAAGCUUGGAGUUGAAUUUUGGUUCGAUAGAGAUGGUAAUAAAAAGAGUGGAAAGAAGGUUGCGGACGGGAAGAGAAAUGACAGUAAGAAUCAACAUGACAAUGAGAAAGGUUGUGGUAGCAAUGAAGUAGCAGGCGAUCAAAAUGAAGCAUUGGUAGAGUACCUUCUCGUGCAGCCUUCAUUAAAACAAGGCGAAGUCGAAGACGAAAACGCAGAGAGCAAUUUCAUGAAAGAGUGUUUGCACGGUUGGUAUUUCUCUUUGGACAAGUACACCGAAUGGUAUAACAAUAAUCUGCCAUUUCAAAAACUAACAAAUACCGCCAUGGCUCGCUGUUUUAAUGCCAUCUAUAGAAAAGCUGCUAUUACUGGAUUCACAAGCAGGGCGUGCUCUCUUCAGCUAGUACGUUUGCAGCAGAAAUCAAUGCUUACACGUCCAGAAAUCUCGAGUCCCUUUCCUUACCCAGCUUUUUCCAAUCUCCUUACACCGGCAGACUAUUUUUGUAUCUGCCAGCAUCUUCCUCCUGAUUGCGUUGCCACACCACACCAACUUCUUUUCUCUUCUAUAAUCGACGUUAAAUCAUGGACUUCUUUCUUUCCUCCAUUCUUUACGUCGUAUCAGACCAAAGUUGAGAAUUUACAAAUCAAGCGGUACAAUGACCACUAUCAAUAUCUGAAUUCAGGGACGGAAACGCUGAGAAAUGGAUUGGGAAUGGGUGGUCAGCUAGAAUAUCCUGCACUGUGGAUAGAAGAAGGCUUAAUUAGGGGAGAGAGUAGGGCCGGACCAGUAUCGACUACGUAUGGAAGCGUGUGUUUGAUCUGGUUAGUGAAACCGACAACCAGAGAUCCAAACUCGAUACCAAAUGGUGCCAAACACUCUGUCCUUGAUCGACAUCCAGCAGAAUUAGAGUUGUUGGAGAUGGCAACGAGUAAGAAAACGUAUUCCAAAGAUGUCAGAGAACCCGAUGUAUUACAUUCUGUCGGAGACGAUGAGUAA